AUGUGGCAAUUUAUUAGUCUUCUCGUGUUGGGGGCUUCUGCCGCUUCAGCGACGCUCGUCAUUCGACAAUCCCAAGCAUACGCCUGCAAAUGUUACGCCGGAGAGUCCUGCUUCCCCAACACAAGUGCAUGGCAGGCUCUCAACACAACUGUUCAAGGAAAUCUUCAAGUUGCAUUGCCUCCUGCUGCUCCCUGCUUCAACUCCGUCGCGGGCAUACAGACAUACGACGCGAACAGAUGCCAGCAAGUUCGGUCUAGUUUCAGCAACCAGCAAUGGACGACCGACCACCCAAUCGCUAACAUGUGGACCUACUGGACGAACGAGACCUGCUCGCUCUACUCCUUCAACCCUUCCGCAACCUGCACGCGAGGCUACUACGGCGACUACGUGAUUAUGGCUAAGACGAGGGAACAUAUCCAAGCAGGCGUCGACUUCGCACGAGAUCGAAACCUGCGCCUCGUCAUCCGGAACACGGGCCAUGACUUCAUGGGCCGCUCGACAGGCUACGGGUCGUUGAUCAUCAACACGCACAGUUUCAAGAGCGUGUCGUUCACCACGCAGUAUGCUGGGCCCGGAAGCUACCGCGGAGGUGCGGUCACUGUCGGCGCUGGUAUCCAGGUUCGCGAGCUUUAUCGCCUAGCAAAUGCAAGAAGUCCGCCUGUUGUCGUUGUUGGAGGAGAGUGUCCGACUGUUGGAUUGGCCGGUGGUUACAUUCAAGGAGGAGGUCAUGGCCCGAUGUCGUCGUUUUACGGAAUGGGUACGUCUUCGUCAUGCUCGGGGUCGUUACUCGGUGAUAUACUGGUCGAUGCUGACAUCUUCACCUCUAUCACAGGCGCCGAUAAUGCACUCUCAUUCGAGGUAGUUACUGCAAGCGGGGAAUUCGUGACAGCGAACGAAGUCGAGAACCCAGAUCUCUUCUGGGCGCUCAAGGGCGGUGGGCCGAGCACCUUCGGCGUCGUCGUUUCAGUCACCGUGAAGACUUUCCCGGAAGUGCGAACGUCAGGCGUCAGUCUGGACAUCAGCAGCACCAACAGUGCCGUUUUCUGGCAGGGCGUAGCUGCGCUGCACGAUCUCUCCAACCGCUGGGUCGAGAACGGAAUGUUCGUCUACUACGAACUGAGCAACGGGCGUCUACACGUCCAGCCGAUGGUCGGCCCGAACAUGACCGCUUCGCAGAUCAACGCCGUCGUGCAGCCGAUGUUCGAUAGGCUUCGGUCGCAAAACGUCCCCUUCACCACACAGACAAGGGAGUUCCCAACGUUCUUCGACCUGUACAUCGGCAUGUUCGAGGACGAGGGCGCUGGCGUCAGUGCGCUCACUGGCGGUCGCAUCUUCAGCCGACAGGACAUCUCGUCAAAUGCGGCUCGCAUCAUCCAGGCGUACCAGACGGUGACUAACAACGGCGCGUUCAUCGUUGGGCACAUCGUCGGCCCUGGGACGGGUGCGCCGGUGGUGGACAACGCUAUCCAUCCCGUGUGGCGUAAUGCAGCGAGCUUCAGUAUCACCUCGUACGCAGUUGCAGGGAACGCCGCCCUAUCGGAGAAGGCGAGGGCCCAGAAUAUCAUCACGAACGUUGUUGGAAGGGCGCUCAGAGAUGCUAGCCCGAACGGUGGUGCGUAUGUCAACGAGGGAGACCUUGAAGAGCCGAAUUGGCAACAGGCGUACUGGGGCUCGAACUAUCCAAGACUGUACGAGCUGAAGCAAAAAUGGGACCCGAAUGGUGUCUUCUACGCCCGGACUACACCGGGGACGGAGAACUGGGAGGUUAUCGAUUACGGCACGAGGUUGUGCAAGCGGCUGUGA